CACACACAGUAUACACACACAGCCUCACGGUCCAGUGCUAACACCAGUGUAGCAUGGACUUCCAGUACAGUAGCCUGCUUGAUCAUGUGAACCAGCUAUCUGGAUGGCUAGUUGAUUCUGCUAGUUAAUCCUGAUAAUGAACAACUAGCCUAUAGCAAGUCUAUUGAAACACUAGAGGACUUUGAGUUGGAAUAAUAAUAACAAUGUGGAGGAGACAGGAGAAAGACCAGACCAAUACACUGGCUGGGAUUCUCUUCUGUCUGACGGUAGGACUGUCUCUCCAGGACAAUGAGGAGAAAGUCAACAAGACAAAAAUAACCGCCGUAGCUGUGUUGGACCCAAGGACGUUCAAUGGCAGGAGAGUUCAGACCAACUGUACGGCUGAGGCUGGGCCCCCCAGCUUGGUCCACCUGUCCCCUGGGGCCCCUGGGCUGGACGUGAGGCUGGAGGACCCUGCAGUAGCCUACACCACGGGGCUCCUCAGCACCCGGCUCAUCCCCUCAGCCUACCUCCUGGCCAUGGCAGUAGGCAUCCCCUCCAACGCUUAUAUCCUGGCCUUCCUGAGGCUCCGGAACAGGUCCUUCUCCACGGCUGUCCUCUACCUUAGCCUGGCCCUCUCUGACCUACUCCUCCUGCUCUCCCUGGCCCUCCGAGUCCACUACCACCUAAACGGAAACAACUGGGUGUUCGGCGAAGCUGCCUGCCGUGUCGUCACCGCUUGUUUCUAUGGCAAUGUCUACUGCUCUGCCCACACCAUCGCUUGUGUCAGCCUCAAGCGCUACCUGGCCGUGGUGAGGCCCUUCCUGUACAGGCGGCUGCCCAAGACGGCCUGGGCGCUGGGGGCAAGCCUGGGGGUGUGGGGCCUGUUUGGGGUGGCUGUGGUGCCUGAGCUCCUGGUGAGACAGAGCUUCCUGCUGCCUCGUCUGGGCUUCACCACCUGCCACGACAUACUGCCCCUGGAGGACUCCCCCCAUGCCCUGCUGGUGCCCUACAGGCUGGCAUUGGUCUGUUUAGGGUUACUCGUGCCCUUUCUGGUCUGUGCCUGGACCCAUGUGGCGGUGGUGCGGCAUCUGGGUCGCUCGGGCCUUGACUGGACACCCUUCAUCAGGGUCAGUACACUGGUCUUCCUCAUCUUCACUGUGUGUUUCGCUCCCAGCGGCAUCCUCCAUAUCGCCCAUUACGUGAGGCUGUCCACCAGUGGGGAGGACGGGCUGUAUGUGUACUCCAGCACUACAGUGUGUCUGUGCUGCCUCCACAGCUGUCUGGAUCCCUUCCUGUGUAUUCUCAUGUCCAAGACAACCGCCUCCAAACUGCGCUUCGCCUCUCUCAGGAGGACACAGCAGACACCUGUUCUGGUGUAGACUGUGUGUAUGUGCCCACUGCAUUUAAAAAUAUAUAUAUAUUUCACCUUUAUUUAAGCAGGUGAGCUAGUUGAGAACUUUUACAACUGUGACCUGGCCAAGAUAAAGCAAAGCAGUGUGACACAAACACAGAGUUACACAUGGAAUAAACAAGCGUACAGUCAAUAACACAAUAGAAGAAAAAAAAGUAUAUAUACAGUGUGUGCAAAUGCCUUGAAGUAGUAAGGCAAUAAAUAGGCCAUAGUAGCGAAGUAAUUACAGUUUAGCAAAUUAACACUGGAGUGAUAGAUGAGCAGAUGAUGAUGUGCAAGUAGAAAUACUGGUGUGCAAAAGAGCAGAAAAGUAUAUAAAAACAAUAUGGGGAUGAAGUAGGUAGAUUGGGUGGGCUAUUUACAGAUGGGCUAUGUACAGCUGUACAGUAUCUUCCCAUUGAUCUCCCAUUGUCAGAGCGCAGUGGGGGAGCCCAGAGCAUGAACAAGCAAACUACUGAAAAUUAAGUGGCAGGGAAGCCAUCUGGAACUACACGCUGUAAACAAGUUAACAGGAAACAGCACUGCUUGUAAUCUGAACAAUGUUAUGCUAUGCGUUCUCCCCUGUGGGACACUAUCAGAGCUACUAAGUUGACGGUUUCGCAAAUGUUUUCAUUUGUGUACAGUAUCAGCAAGGAUGUCCUGAAAAACCAGCCGACAGCAACAGUGAUGACAAAAACAAAUUCUCCCAGAGACGAUGUUGAGAAGCCAGACUGUUUCGGCAUGUCCAGUCCACUCAUUAUCUCAGCCAAGGAAGGACAUGCUUACUUCAAAGUUAUCAUUAUGUACUGUUUUGUUCACAAGGACAAUUUGUAAAUAUAAAACCCUUGCAAUACAAAUGAA